GGAGAGAGUGGCAAGAGUACAUUUAUCAAGCAGAUGAGAAUCAUCCAUGGAUCAGGAUACUCUGAUGAAGACAAGCGGGGCUUCACCAAGCUGGUAUACCAGAACAUCUUCACGGCUACGCAGGCCAUGAUCAGAGCCAUGGACACACUCAGGAUUCCGUACAAGUACGAGCACAAUAAGGCCCAUGCACAAUUAGUUCGAGAAGUUGAUGUGGAGAAAGUGUCUGCCUUCGAAAGCCCAUAUGUAGAUGCAAUAAAGAGUUUAUGGAACGAUCCUGGAAUCCAGGAGUGCUAUGAUAGACGACGAGAAUAUCAGUUAUCCGACUCUACCAAAUACUAUCUUAAUGACUUGGACCGCGUAGCCGACCCUGCAUAUCUGCCUACUCAACAAGACGUGCUUAGAGUGCGAGUCCCCACCACAGGGAUCAUCGAGUACCCCUUUGACUUACAAAGUGUCAUUUUCAGAAUGGUGGACGUAGGGGGCCAAAGGUCCGAGAGAAGAAAGUGGAUACACUGCUUUGAAAAUGUCACUUCAAUCAUGUUUCUAGUAGCACUUAGUGAAUAUGACCAAGUUCUGGUGGAAUCAGACAAUGAGAACCGAAUGGAAGAAAGCAAAGCACUCUUUAGGACAAUUAUUACAUAUCCCUGGUUCCAGAACUCCUCCGUCAUCCUGUUCUUAAACAAAAAAGACCUGCUAGAGGAGAAAAUCAUGUAUUCCCACCUAGUUGACUACUUCCCGGAAUAUGAUGGACCCCAGAGAGAUGCCCAGGCAGCUCGAGAAUUCAUCCUGAAGAUGUUCGUGGACCUGAACCCAGACAGUGACAAAAUAAUCUACUCCCACUUCACGUGCGCCACCGACACCGAGAACAUCCGCUUUGUCUUCGCGGCCGUCAAGGACACCAUCCUCCAGCUGAAUCUGAAAGAGUACAAUCUGGUCUAACCGUGCCUCCGAGACGCCCGCCCUCCCCCUCCCUGGGGGGCUGUGAAGACAUACAAGAGGGACUGUACUUCUGUGGAAAACAAUUUGCAUAGUACUAAUUUAUUGCUGUCCUGGUCUCUGUGUGAGCGUGUCCACAGAGUUUGUAGUAAAUAUUAUGAUUUUAUUUAAACUAUACAGAGAUUAAACAGAGGAUGCUGAAGAACAGUCCCAGCACCUUUCCUCUCUCUCUUUUUUUCAGGCAAAACCUUGUGACUAGAUGUAUUUUCAAUUCUCAGUCAUGCACUCACAGAAAUAAGAGUUCUCUCUCUCUCUCUCUCUCUCUCUCUCUCUCUCUCUUUGUCUCGCUCUCAUUUUUCUUUUCUAUUGAGCCAAACAAAGCCGAUUUCCCUUUUUCCUAGCACAUGUCUCCCUCUUGAUUUUGCCCAGAUUACUACGGACUUUUUCCUAGUUCCAUUCUUGGUUGGGUUUUACUCUGAAUGAUACUGUCAAGAUGAUGCCAUUCACGUUAAGCCAUGAUACAUCAGCUUAAUUAAUUUAAGCAUGCAGUUUUUGCUGGAGGACUAUAAGUAUUGUCAUGGUUUUAAAUGUAUUUCUCCAGAUAUAGGUGUAGACAUUUUUAAAAAUAAUUGUCUUGUCCCGCUUUGGAAUAGAUGGUGAUGGUGGAUGCGCAGAUUAACGGCUAUUUAUCACUUCUUUGGGAUUUUUAUCUUCAGCCAUAACUCAGUUACUCAGUGACGGGCACAGGAGUCAGCAGGGCAAAGGCAAAGGCCACAGAAAGAUUUCUUUCUGGUAAGAUGCCGUUCUCCUUUCUUCCUCCUUCCUUGCUUUUUCUCCUCCUCCUCAACCACCACCACCGCCCCAUUCUUUCUUUAAAUCACAGAUGCCAAAAAACACGCCAAGAGACACUACACUUCCCAAAACCUUCUAGCAGUUUCCUCUUUGUUUCCUACUCAAGGAACCCUGCUCCUGUUUUUCCUCUUUUUUCCCUCCUUAGUGUUUGGGCCACAAUGUUAAAAUAACUUUUAUUAUAGAUGUGUGCUUCCAAAGCUGGCUUUUUAUUUUUUUUAAAUAGCAUAAAGCAUAAUAAAAAAAAUAAUGAAAAUGUAAGAGAGAAAGAACAACGGGCUGAGAAGGCACCUGACAAGCAGCUGCCAAACAAUUGGCAAGUGUACAUUUGAGUCUCAUGGUCCAUUCUUUUCUUUGCUCCCCUUAUAAUCACGUCACUUAGCGUCCAUGUCCAGGUGUCCAAAACGGCUUUGUGGAAUAGUGUGCUGUGUGGUGCAACAUGACAUCUGCUUGCGUCUCUAUUUCAAGCCAGUUUUACCCUCUCCCUCUGUCUCCAGGAGAGCAAACCUGCCAAGAAAUUGGUUUUUAAUAUUAUUCUGACACCUUUAAUUUGCAAACUCCCUGAAAUUAUUGAUGAUAAUUUCCCACCUCUGGGAUCUUCUUGAAAUGGUGGCUGGGUAAACUGAACUUACUGAAGAUGUGUGGACUCAGUUCAGGAAGUAGCCUCUUAAUGUUCUCUAGAGCAUGUAUUGAUGUAACUGAACCUACUAGGGGAGAUUGUUGGAGCCCUAGCUGCAAAUUUCAACAAUGCCAAAAGAAAAAGGGCAAACCCAGCAACAACAACAAAAACACAACAGUAUGUAUAUUAGUGAGCUUCUGUCCGGCAACUUGAUUCAAAACAUGAUGUUUGAAAGCUGCUGAGAAGAUAGAAACAGGCCCUGCUUUGGGCCUCAGUUUAACGUCACUGCUAUUUGACAGUAGAGUGCGCUUCCCUAUGAUUCCUCCUUUUGAAACAACAAAAGGGAGGGAGAGAGUUGAUGGCUUACUGGAUGAGACCAAAGUUACUGGGUAGUAACGAAUAUUCUCAUUCUUUCCUCUCCCAAAACAUGGGCUCCUUCUCUUUUCCUUCCUCAGAAACCACCUGUGAUUUAAGUAGCAAGCAGACUGUCUGUAGGUAUAGUGCUCUAAUCAUUGUACAUACAUCUCUCUGUCUGGAUAUUGCAACAUUCAUACUGGCUUUGUAAUCAUUAAUUUUUUUGGCAGACUGAAUGUGCUGUGUUGAUAUGUAUCUAUGUAAUUGUAUGUCUUAUAGCUAAUUCACAUUUUGAAUAAUGUUAUUUUAUUUACUUUUUUAAGAGAGGACAGUGUAAAUUUGUCAGUUUUUUUCUGACUAGGGAUAUUUUUUUCCAUUUAGUAAAGAAGAAAACAAACAAACAAAACCUUAUAAUCCUACAGAGCGGUACUAGCAUCGUGCUGUAUAAAAUCAUUUGCACAUUCCUGAGUAGAGGUAUACUGGUUAUGAGACCCAAAGGUAAUUUCAUAGCAAAAGACAUAAAAUCAGUUGGAGUUUUUAUACAAACAUGGGAACCAACUUUGUAGAACUUUUGCCAUUUGACCUAGGAUUGGAAUAUGAGCUUUUAUACAAUUCAUAUUCUUAUUUGGCAAAUGCACAGUUUAGUAUUACCUCUCUGAUGACCUUUAUUAGAAAGGCAGUUUUAGAAGCUAUUGUGAUCCACUAAGGAAACGUUUUAAAGCUAGAGACCACUGCUUCGCCUGAAAGGGCAAUCUUACAUUUGGUGCAGCAAAAAAAAAAAAAGUAAACAACAACAUUUGAAGGCUUACAGUGUGUAUAGCAAAAACCUCAUCAUGAGAUCAUAAGUGUUACAGUUUUAGGGAAUCAUGAUAUUCUAUUUAAUAGAGCUAUAGUAGAUAUAGUUGAUUAAACCUGAUCUCAAAGCUCAAAGCAGCUGAGCAAACAGGAAAAGCUUGUUCUAUUUGUCUUUAAGAAGCUAGAAUGGAAUUUGCUAUGCAGAACCAAGAUUUGUGGCUUCACGGUUCACUUUAGGGUGCAUGACAAGAUCCCUUCUCUUGAGAAAGGAAAAAAUUGAUCACCCUUGCCACAGUGACUCAGAGAAACCCACUUUUAUCCACACUAGUCAAUCGAAGCUAAAGGGUUCUCUUUUUUGUUCCUUUGGGGUUUUAUUGAAGGGCUAGGGGUGGGAAGGGAAAAUGAAGUUUACUCAUGCUUUAUAUUCUAUUGUGAUUGCAAGUGUUAUAAGGGUGUGCCACCGGGCUUCUCCUGUUGACGCACUAGGUAACACAGGCCUGUGGCACAUUUUAGGGUGACUUGGCAUGUCUUAUUCAGAAGCAAACGCAAGAAAAACACAAGCAUCUCUCUUCAGCAUACCGGGGCUGGUAGCCGCUUCAUGACUCACUCACCUCAUUGCAGUACCCGCUUACAGCUGAUUUUUCCCGUUUGCAGAAGGUCCAGCAGCGGUUCAGCCCUCAGACAAGUCCUUAUUCGUAAAUCGGGGUUCCUGCCAUGCCUUACACAGUUUAAAUUCAGAAGUUCGUGCUCUUAAUUAAACAAAGGCAGAGAACGCACACAUUCAAAAACAAAGCAAAUCCCCUCAAAAGGUCUUUUUUUUUGUUUUAAACAUUUCAGUAUAGAGAGCUCUAUUGAAUGUCAGGAACAGGUAAACGGGGUGGGGGUGGGGGUCUUCCUAGGGACCUGCGUAUGCUGUGUAUUUAACAGAUGAUGUUUCCAGAAGGUAUUUGAAGAACACCUUAAACUUUUUUUGUUGUUGUUUUCAUUUGGUAGGGUAACCAGCAGGUCUAAUAUUUUUUAAAGAGGUAAUUCAACUAAAGGGCAAUUUACUUUUUGUACUUCAGACUCUUGGUUGUCAAGGUGUAUGAACUGUAAUUUAAAAAUUUAUACUGCCACUUGAAUAUUAGUUUUAGUUGUCAUAAGGUAGAAAUUGGUAUAAAAAAAGAAAAGAAAAGCUGUUUGUGCUGGAUUUUGGUCAAACUGAUUUUAUUUGCAAAAAAUAAAUAAAUAAUGGGGAAAAAAGGACUGCUUAAUGAGAUACUGCAAGGCUCAGAUAUUGAUUAAAAAUAGCUUUCAAAUUACCCUCAACUUCCCUUUGUUUUCAGUUUCAAAAAAAUUGAAAUAAAAUAUUAGCAGAAUGUUAACCCAUAUAAAAAUAAAGUGUUCCCAAAUAUUGUAAUGUAUAUUGCUGCUCUUCUUAAAAUUAAAAAGGGUUUAAAACCA